AUGACGACGCAGCCCGGCCGGAGCUCUGCUCCGUGCUGUCCGGGCAACGGGCUCACCUGCCACGCACACAGCGGUGCAGCGCCCGGCACACACCUGCAUGCGCUUACACCACGCAGCCUUGCAUCCGGGUCGCACUUGACGUCGAACCUUAUCGAGUGCGCGAUAGAGUCCAAUCAAACUAAUAACGCGGUGGACGGCGGCGGCGAGCUCGCAGCCUCGGAGUGCGUCCCGGGGAUCCGGCAACAGUCGGGCUGGCUGCAUCGGAAGCGGAGCGUUCAGGCUGCCGACACGUCGCGGCCGGGCCCUGGGCCAGCUGACGUCAGCGCGCCAGGGCCGGCGGCGGGGCAAGACGGGCCCCGCGGCAGUGCCGCGCGCGCCGUCCGCCCGGCCGCACGCUGCCCGCUCCGCCGCACCCGCCGCCACCAGCCCGCCACUCCGGCCCCGAGGCUCCGCAGUCCGCACCCGGCCACCGCCGCCCACUCGCCUGACCUCACCAGCCACCGCCAGACUCCAGCCGCGACACACAAAAUGGUUCGCAGAUACGAAAGGAUGAGCGGCCGUCAAUCCUGGAGCGAAGAAGACAUGGCGAAAGCCGUCGCUGCCGUGGUCUCCGGCAAGAUGGGCUACAAGCUCGCCGCCAGGACCUUCCACAUCCCGCGCUCCACGCUGCAGCGCCGCGCCAGCAAGGUGCGCUACCAGCAGCCCGACGACCCCAAGCCCCUCAUGGGCCACUACAGGCGCGUCUUCACAGACAGCCAGGAGAAAGACCUAGUCGGAUACAUAAAAAGCAUGGAGAAAUACUUCAUGGGCGUCUCCAGACGCGACAUCAGGGAACUAGCCUUCCAGUACGCCGAGGACAACCAACUGAACCAUCCCUUCGACGUCAACAGCAGAAUGGCCGGCGAGGACUGGGUAAGGAACUUCUUAAAGAGAAACCCCGAACUUCUGGACAAGCCAGACAAGGACUCGGAGUUGGAACCGGUGAACUUUGAUCAAUUUUAUCACUUCAUGGUUCAGUUCUCAUGAUGCCCGACGUAACGACUCGGAGGGCGCCAGGUCAAGUACGGGGCCGAGAGAGCCUCGCGUCGCUUGGGGCCAAUCUAUUAGUGUUUCUGACUGACUUCGCCGCUAGUAACGUCAAACGGGAGACUGAAUAACUUUACUGUAGCCAAUGUAUUCAUGCCUUACGAGGAUAUCUAAGAGACUCACAGACAAACAAUAUUAAACAACACUAGUGGAUUGGUAUUUACUAUUAAGAUAGAAAAAUAAGAUUUUCAAAAUAUUGUAACUUAAUAAUAUAUUCAAAAGAUAUUUGUAACUGUAUUUAUGGUAGAGCAAAGCUCAAAUUCGUUGUUACUUUAAAUGUUUUUAUUCGGUUUUAUUUAAAUGCGAUUAAUUUGUAUACACUACGUACUUACUUAGCUACCAAUUGCUGAUACAUAGUUAUCAUCUAUUUAUAGUCUAAAUUCUGUUGUUUAAUGGUAAAGUGACUUGUUGAAUCGAGGGCUGUGAUAAAGAGAAGGCGUAUAUUUUAUUGAGCAUAUCAUUAUUGAGGUAAUGCUAUAAAACAAAACGGUGAUAAUUGUAGGACACUGAUACGUAGCACAAAUUUAUAGUAGGUAUCCUAGUUGCAAUUUAUUUUGUGGUAUUAUACAUGUUACGAAUAUAUUGUCACAUUUUGCAAGCGCAAUACUAAGAUUUUUGGGCACACAUUAGCUUUUUAUAAUUAGUCAAAUAUUUAAAUAACCAAGUUACUAUGAAAAUUAACAUUUUACAACAAUAUUACAGUGCUAUUUUAAUGGGUUAGAAACAAGAAAAUAAUACUUUGACUCUACUUGCGCAAGGCCGAAUUUGUCUUUGGAUAAACCUUGACAAAUAGUAACUUGUUUCAGCUGUAGUAGGUAAUAUUUAAAUUAUUCAGGUUUUUGCUUUUAGGAACUAAAAUUUUCCGUUUGAUACCUAUUGCUUCAUUUAAAGUUAUUUUUAAAAAAGAACACGAGUUAUUUAAUUUUACUUAAACUGAUUUAUUUUCAAUGAAGUAAGCAAUAUUAGUUUUCAAUAAAUCGAAACUCUACUUCAACGAAAACCUGUUGAGACCUAGCGUUUUACGAGCUUUUUAAGUUAAAGUAUGUCAGUCGAUUAGUGGUGUCAAGUACUACUCUGUUCCAGCAGUUGAAGUGUUGUGACUUAGCAAUACCUAGUUUUUAGCGGUUAAUUCAUAACCGGGGUGUUUAAAGUGCAAUUAAUUUAGUUUUUCAGAAGAAGCUGUGCCAGCAUUCUAUCUUUCUUCACUGAAUCAUGUACAUAAUAGGUUUCUGACAGUACACGUUUGGUGAAACAAUGACGUCAUUACUAUACAAAAUCUAUGACGCAAUUUGACAGCUCAUAAAAAGUGCGUCAAUCGAUUGAUGCUGUGAACUAAUGCAUACGUACAUCUUUUAUUGCUAUUGAUUCUCAUUAGCAUCACGGAAUGACGAAACAAACACAGAGAUGUAAAUGAAAACAAUUUAGCGAUCAUGGUUUUGCGAUGGACGUGUGAUAUGCAGCUUAAAUGUCCGUUAGAGAAUUAUGCUCUUUUUCCUGUAGAGUUUCUAGUGAUACCCUUUAAUUCAUAAACCAACGACUAAGUACGAAAUUUAAGAUUGCAUUCUUCCCUUAAAAAUGUAAACAAUAGUGGGUUGGUUUGUUGAUGGUAGAUGUAUCUAUUAAUAGUGUCAAUGUUACAUUAUUUUUAUAAUUCCCUCCCAUGGUACAUACUUUGUCUUAUUGUGAUAUGGUAAUGGUGAUUGGUGAUAUUAGAAGGGAAAGGUUUAUUCUUAUAAACAGUUACGAAUUCAAGCUAGAGUAUACGAGCGACGAAAUUUUAUUUAAAUUGUUGAUGUGUAUCAGUUUAUUUUAAAGUCAACUGUAAUUACUGUGGUAAAGUCCAGAGCACAUAGGACUCUACAGCACAAUCACUUAAAAAUUGUGUAUUUUGAUAGUCGUUCUUCGAAUAAUUUGUCAUUGAAAAUAUAUUUUCAUUCAAGAUAUUUAUCUUAAUAAAAAGGAAUUGGUAAAUAGAAUUUUAAGAAUUUCAAUGUAAUUAAUUUGUCACAUCAAGCUUCUUACGCAAUUGAAAUAUUUAGGUGCUAUACUCUGUAACAAAAAUGUAUAAUAAAUAAUCUGAUGUUCUUUAGACUAUACUCGUUUUUGCGUAACAUACUUAUUAUAAUCAGGUUUUUUUUUCUUUGAAUAAUAUUACUACUAAGGGUGUCUAAAGUUUUUAUAAAAAAUAAUAUUUUUACAUGGUUAGGAAUGGAAAUGUUGGUAUAUAAAAUUAUAACAAUGACGAAACAUAAAUCGUAUCCAAAAGUGUGGAAUAUUUGUCGUUACCUGAGUUAAUUUUUGAUCUCUUAUUUUAGUAAAUCAAAAGUAGGUAGAUAUUAUGAUUAUAUUUAUUAACUGUUUGAAUUAUUGUUAGUAAUCGUUGGUCUUAAGAUAUUUUGAAACGUGGAAAGUGGUAUGCCAAACAUUGUUGAUUUUAAUUUGAGAUUUAUGAUUCCCUCCUGACUAACAAAAUAUUAAGUCAAAUAUGUUAAUUUAUAAACAAUAAUUUAUGCAACUUAUGUUGAACAAAAGCCAUUGUUCCGAGUUUAUAUUUAGAAUAUGA